ACUGGGUGUGGAGGAAAGAGUAAUUAGCAAGUUAGCUACUAAGAACGAAGUUUUUGAAGAACUUUUAGUCGUUAUUAAUACUAAAGCCCGUCUAACUCUCAACAAUGUCGGGGUCAUCCAACAUCGCAGCGAUGAAAAAAAUUGUCCAACAAUUACGCCUGGAAGCAGGCAUAAACAGAGUUAAGGUGUCCCAGGCCGCAGCAGAGCUGCAGCAGUUCUGCCUCCAAAACGCCCAGCAGGACCCUCUGCUCACCGGCAUGUCGUCCAGCAACAACCCGUUCAGACCACAGAAAGUCUGCUCGUUCCUAUAGCACCAACUGCCUAUGAUUUGGACACGGUGGUGCCUUGAGGAACUUGUUCUGCAGGAUCCUGUAAUAUGGACUGGAAUUGUCUUAGGAGUGUUAGGGACAGUGGGGACAAGGAGCUAACAGUGUUUUUGGUUUAUCUUUGGCCUUUGUAAGAUUAAAAAAAAAAAAUUUCCAGGUGCAACUAUGGCACAGAAAAUGUCUUAACCUACUUGCUUUGAAGUAACCAAUCCAUACCAACACAGAUGUGCCUUUUAAACUGUACAUUUUUUCAUGACUGAUUUUGAGAAUAAACUGUAUUUCCACAUUUUAAACUAAAAA